AUGGCAAGUCUACAAUACCUCUCCCUCGGAGAUGAAAUCUCUUACGCUCGUCCUUCAUACGCAUAUUCCGCCACUCGACCAUCCGUAGUAGUCGUAGACCAACCUCCGGUGACAAUCAACAGUGUACCUCGUAGACGGAGGACAGGUAAAGUAGUGGUGAAAGCUGUUGAAUGUACACCUUCGGGAAGGACUACUACGAGGACUUAUGUAGAGUACGGGAGGAAGUCGAAAUCGAAGGCGAAGUAUAGGAGAUAG